UUCCCAGAAUGCAGCUGCUCAGGCCCGGAUAUGGGAGCCGGCUGCUGCGCUCAAGAGCGGUUGUAUGUUGCUGCUGAAGAGGCUGUGAAUGAAAAACACCGGUUAAUUUGUUCAAAGGGGGGUGUCCGGAAUCCGAAAUUAUCACGUUUUCGUUCCGUAAACGGGGAAUGAGCGACGAGAAAACCCCGGCUAAUUGCAAGAGAAACUCUGGGUGCCCAAGUAUUGAGCAAAUGCUGGCUUUGAACCCCGGAAAGACCCCUAUCAGUUUGCUGCAGGAGUAUGGAACGAGGAUAGGGAAGACCCCGGUGUACGAUCUGCUCAAGGCUGAGGGACAAGCACACCAGCCCAACUUCACCUUCCGCGUGACCGUGGGUGACAUCAGCUGCACAGGUCAGGGGCCUAGCAAGAAGGCAGCCAAGCACAAGGCAGCAGAGGCAGCACUCAAACUCCUGAAGGGCGGCACCAUGAUGGAGAUAUCAGCUGAUGGAAUCAGCUCCCAGUCUGAGGCAAAGGUCUCCAACUCCGUGCAGCAGGCAGAGUGCAAUCCCGUGGGUGCUUUGCAGGAGCUGGUGGUCCAGAAGGGGUGGCGGCUGCCGGAGUACACCGUGACGCAGGAAUCCGGCCCGGCGCACCGGAAGGAGUUCACCAUGACCUGCCGGGUGGAGAGGUUUGUGGAGAUCGGCAGCGGCACUUCCAAGAAGCUGGCGAAGCGGAACGCGGCGGCGAAGAUGCUGGCACGCAUCCACGACGUGCCGGUGGACCAGCGCAACGGCAACGAGGCCGACCCCGAGGACGACCAGUUCUCGCUGCACAUGGGUGUGAAGCUGGAGAGCGGGAAGUUUAAGGGCUUCGGCUGCACCUGGGACUCCCUGCGCAACUCAGCCGGGGAGAAGAUCCUGCAGCUGAGGAGCCAUCCCCUGGGGCUGCCCAACUCCAACUUCUGCUCCCUCCUGCAGGACCUCUCCCAGGAGCAGCGCUUCGACGUCAGCUACCUGGACAUCGAGGAGCGCAGCCUGAGCGGCCUGUGCCAGUGCCUGGUGGAGCUGUCCACCCAGCCCGUCACCGUGUGCCACGGCUUUGCGCCGACUAAGGACGCCGCCCGUGCCAGCGCCGCCCACAACGCCCUGCAGUACCUGAAGAUCAUGGCGGGCGGGAAGUAACCCACUGCAGGCGCCCCCAACCCCCAGAUAUGUCCUACCAUCGUGACUGCUGGUGGAUGUUACUGUCAGCACAGACUCAGCCCUCAGUGGGGACAAGCUGGGAAUUCCUGCACACACGGACAUCCCAGUCCACCAAGGAGAACCAGGAUCCAGAGCAGGCACUGGGCCAGGAAGUGGCGAAAGCCUGUAUUUGAAUGUUCCUCAAGCAGGAAGUAGUUUAGGACACUCUCAUCUCUUGCCCUCUUGCCUCAGCAUAGGGGUCUCGCAACUGCAGCAUUUGAGAUGGGUCACAGGGUAGCUUAGUGGUUUUGUGGCCCGACAGCAUCACAACUGAUGCAUCAGUUAACCGCUUCAGAUUUUUUUUUUGUGCGUGUGUGUUGAUCUUGUCCUUCACCCAUAUACCUCCACCCAGAAAGAAUGGCAGCUGUGGUUUUAAAGAGGUCCAUGACCGCAUGGAGCCCUAGGAGAUGUGCCCCACUAGGCUGUGUUCAGUAAGGAGUACUCCGCUGUGGCACCACCGAUACAGAAGUUGGUUCGCUGCUCAGAGCAAUUGCAAGGUGGUAGUGGGGUGGGCAGACUAGCACAUUGCACAAGUAGUUUAGGGAAGAUGGCCCUGCAAGUAGUUAUGGAUCUGAUGGUGUGAACAAUAGUCUUAAUUCUACACUAUGUAAAUAUGAACCUCAGUAGACUUAGAACGAAUGGUUGAGGAACAGUUUUUUUUUUUCCUUAAACUUUUGUUGCUUACUUGUUAACUCGGAGGACACUACGCCGAUUAAUCCAGCUUUUUUGAGCUGUUGGCUAAUGGGGCUCUCAAUAGAAAAUGCUCUGUCGCACUCAGCCACUUGAACACAAGCUGAUUAGUACCACGUCUGGUUUGUUUGCUUUUUUUUAAAUAAAAAGGUGUGGUGUUUUUUUUUUUUUUUUCUUUUAAAUCCUUUCUCAAAAUGAGUCAUUGGAGAACACAAUCUCAUUUGGUCUGAUACCUGGCUAUUGAGAAAGCUUCUUGGGACAAUCUGAGUAAAAACCUUUCUCAAGUACAGCAGCAGCACUGUACUCGGGAUUUAAACCCACAACCCUCCGGACUCUAGAGCCCGAAGCAGUACUCCAUGCUGCAGUCCCUAAAAUAAAAACAUGUUUAUUCAAAUUUUGCUUCAUGGUUGCCAGGAUCUGAAGAUUUUAAUGCGUAAAUAAAAUUGUAAUUUUUUUAUUUUUAAGUGUAGGUGUUUUUACAUUGUCUAUUUUUGAUCAGGUACGUCUUUUAACUGCGGAGUCCGUUUCAGUCAUAGAAUUAAUACCACAACCUAUUCAAUUAUAAAACAUAGUUGAAUCCUCUUCAUAGCACAUCUUGAUUAAGCUGCAUCUCUUCAUCUUUAAUUGUCACAUGUUGUACAAGGGACCAGUUGAAUAAUAUUUUGCCCUAAACUUUCCAUUGGCUUUUACUACAUCAAAAAUACAAAACUGUAGCAUUUAAAUGAUUUGUAAAAUAUGUUAGGAAAUUAUAUUCCUCUUAACCAGGACACUACUCAAUUUUAGGCUUCUAAGGAGAUGUUACUUGAAAAUGAGCACCAAAUAAAGUCAAGCCCUUGUUAAGGC